GCCUGGGGUUUGAAACCAUACGGGGCGGCUGGGAUUCGAUGGCAGCGAAGGUCUCCACGGCAGGCGUGAAGGACUCAGGCAUGUCGGCGGACUCUGGCAAGGGAUUCUCGGCCACAACUGUCAGCCACGGCUGGGCAUUUCCUUGGACGAAAGCACAUCGGCAGACAUCAAAGGCAGCACGGCGGCGGCGGCAGCAGCUGCUGCGAUUCCAAACUGAGAGAAUUUUGCCGGAGAAGAAGAUCAAAAAUGGCACCAUGGCCAUUAUCCAGGCCAAGAAAUCGACGGAAGAUCUGAAAGAAAUCACUCACAAAGUCUACUUUGACGUUGAGAUAGAUGGAAAACUAGCUGGGGAAAGCUUUUGGUGAAAAUAGCUUCUCUCUCAGAUGCUCUAUCUCUCUCAUAACAUGUAUGUACGUAUGUGUGUUUUGGGUUGGGCGGUGCGGGUUUUGCAGAAUGAGUUCAUUAAUUCAUUUAUUUGUGUUAUAAGCUUAUAAGGUUGAGUUUAUGUCUGAUCUUCAUUCCAACCAUUUGUUGAGCAAGUUUUAGAGUUUGAUUUAAUUUUUUGAUCUGUAUUGUGAUUUGGAAAAUAUUUUUUUAAAAUAAAAUAAAAUUUAUAUAUGGUUGUUUCU